AUGAAGGGAUCCCGGGCGAGAGAAGCGUUUGCGUCGACCAAGCAGAAGCGAAUGGUGGCACAGAUCAAAGACCGGCUUCUCCCGCAAUGCAAGGCCGCCGGAUUCGGGAGCUUGUUCAGCCGUAGUGCCUCGGCCGUUAUCUGCAAAGCCCAUACGAUCGGUAACGCGCACUUGGUGUUCACGGGUCACGGCACGGGUUUCUCAGAGACGUGGGACCUACUACUGAGGUCCUGGCAGGCGGCACGCUGGGAGAAGGGAACAAAAGGGAACGGAACACUUUCCCGGAACUUGCUUCACCGUGGCUUCGAUCCGGAAACGGGGUUCGAGUUGACCAAUCGUGAUGAGCCUUGCAGAUCGAGAUGCCAAACCAGAUCAGAUUCGCGACGUGACUCGGAGAAGUGGACCGAUGAGGCCUGCCACGGCCGUGAUGCUGGUACGUACUAA